GGCUCUGUUCUCCCGGAGUAAAGGAGUGAAGGGAGGAGAGGCUGGGAACGGGAGAAGAGCCGCCAUUAUUGGGAAGCUGAAAAAACGCACUUACACACACACAUCCACACGCACACACACACAGAGGGGCUCGUGAGCGGCCGCCGUGUCGAACCCGUUCUUCGUGUCUGGGGGAGAAAAUCGCGCUUUGCUUUUUUUAAGUUGACAUUACUGCAUCUUCCAGCUGCUGACGCUCCGGUACACACGGGCAACUCCGGAUGUUUGGAGCACAACAAAGGAAAUAAUAGCUAAGUGGUCAAAAACAACGUGGUGAACCCAGGGACUGAAGACACGGCGAUACCACCUUUUCUCUUUUUUCAGCGCCCCCCUGCUUUCUUUCUUUCCUUCCUUCCUUCUUUCCUUCUUUAUUUCUCUCCAGGCAGAAAUACAGUGAGAGAGCUGGACAUUCAGAGCUGUGUUUUCUCCUCUCGUCUUCAUUGUCUGUGUGUUUGGGCUGUGAUAACAGAAACACGGGCAGCAGAUUGAGCUGAAAACUUUUUAAAAACGGAAUGCUGACUGGAGGAAGAAGAGUUUUUUUGCUUAAAACGGACAGCGACCAAAAAAGGGAGAUAUUGAGAGUGCUGGGACUACUGGAGCACUGUUUCAUUUCUUCUCUUUAUUCUGCUGCUGCUGCUGCUCUGCUUUGGUUUGGCUGGUGAGCUGAGAGCUGAGGAUCAGCCCAGCCAGAGAAAGGAGUGAAGCAGAGAGUGGUGAAGGAAGGAGGACAGGAAUGCUAUGGUAGGAAGUCUGGUCCUCAGGAACCUUUGAUGACUGCAUAGACAAUGAGGAAACACAUUGCUGAUGUCACACAUGAAGUACUAAAGAGAGCUGAGCUGUGAGGAAGGGCUCACAUCCAGGCUGGACAACCCUAAGAUUCAAUUCUUCACCAUGGAAAGUGUGAAAAGAAGACGUGGACCAGUGUAGAUCUACAUUGAAAUAUCUCUUCUCCCAUCAGCCUCUUUGCCUCAUUCCUUUUCAUAGUCUCUGAGAUUUUCGGCUUUAAUCUACAUAUGGACAAAUGACAUUGAUUCAUCACUUAAGAGUCAGCCAAUAAAGGGCACCUAAAGACACUGGCCCGAACCCCUUCCCCCCGAAACAGUUGGAUAAAUUAAGACAAUUGGAAUUACUAAAUGCACUUGAAUGGGUUAGGACCCCAGCAGCUUUUAAAGUAGAGCUUCUGGGAAUGGCAAGAUGAGCGCCUUCAAACGAUGAUGAUGGCAAAAAAACAAGAUGCCCGGGCACCAAUCUACAACCUGGUUGUGGUAGGUUUGUCCGGGACUGAGAAGGAGAAAGGGCAGUGCGGUGUUGGCAAGUCCUGCCUUUGCAAUCGGUUUGUCCGCCCCAGUGCCGAUGACUUUUAUUUAGACCACACCUCUGUUCUAAGCACCAGUGACUUUGGUGGUCGAGUGGUGAACAAUGACCACUUUUUGUUCUGGGGUGAGGCAAACCGAGCAUUGGAAGAGGGACCAGAGUGCAGAAUGCAUGUGGUGGAACAGACCGAAUUCAUUGAUGACCAAACGUUCCAGCCGCAUCGAAGCACUGCACUGCAGCCCUACAUCAAGAGGGCAGCUUCCACCAAGCUGGCAUCUGCUGAGAAGCUCAUGUACUUCUGCACUGACCAACUGGGUCUUGAACAGGACUUUGAGCAAAAACAAAUGCCUGAGGGAAAACUUCUUGUCGACGGGUUCCUUCUCUGCGUGGAUGUUAGCAGGGGUAUGAACCGUAACUUUGACGACCAGAUGAAAUUUAUUUCCAAUUUAUACAACCAGUUAGCCAAGACUAAGAAGCCAGUUGUAGUGGUCUUGACCAAGUGCGACGAGGGAGUUGAGCGGUAUAUUAAGGACUCUCACACCUUUGCACUGACCAAGAAGAAUUUGCAGGUAGUCGAGACCUCAGCUCGCUCUAAUGUCAACGUUGACCUUGCCUUCCUCACCCUGGUGCAGUUGAUAGAUAAGAGUCGAGGAAAGCCCAAGAUCAUUCCUUACUUUGAGGCCCUCAAGCAGCAAAGCCAGCAGAUAGCAUCUGCAAAGGACCGAUACGAGUGGCUGGUCAGUUGUAUUGUGAAGAACCACAAUGAAACGUGGCCCAAUAUUAAUCGCAGAAUGCAGACCUCCCCUGAAUACAAAGACUAUGUCUUCCUCGAGGGUACUUCCAAAGCCAAGAAGCUAUUUCAGCAACAUGUGCACAGGCUCAAGCAGGAACACAUAGAAAAACGGCGCAGGAUUUAUCUUAGCAUGCUUCCACAGGCUCUGUGUACUUUGGUACCAGAUUUAGAUGAGAUUGACCACUUAAGCUGGUCAGGGGUACAGAAGGUUCUGGAGACAAAGCGGGAGUUCUCACAUUGGUUUGUCAUAUUAGAUGACACACCAUGGGAAACCACCCCCCAUAUCGAUAACAUGGAGGAUGACCGCAUCCCCCAGGAUCUUUUGGAAACCCCGCCAGCAGAGGUCAUCUAUGAGAGCCAUUUAGAGCACCUGCGUAACGAGCGAAAGCGAGCAGAGAUGCGCUGGGAAUUCAAAGAAAAACUGCUUGCUUCACCAUUCGUCACCCCUGGCAAACCCUGGGAGGAGGCGCGCAGCUUUAUCAUGAACGAGGAGUUCUACCAGUGGCUAGAAGAACCGGAAUAUCUUGAUAUCUACAACAAGCAUCAGAAGGAGAUUAUAGACCAAGCUAAGGAGGAUUUCCAGGAGCUUUUGCUGGAGUACUCUGAGCUGUUCUAUGAGCUUGAGGUGGAUGCUAAGCCCAGUAAAGAAAAAAUGGGUGCUAUUCAAGAGCUCCUUGGAGAGGAACAGAGGUUUAAAGCCCUGCAAAAGCUUCAAGCAGAAAGGGAUGCCCUGGUGCUCAAGCAUAUCCAUUUUGUGUACCACCCAACUAAGGAGACUUGCCCCAACAGUCCUCACUGUGUGGAUGGCCGGAUUGAGCAGGUACUAGCCACUCGUUUUCCUACUCGAUAUUGCUUUGAUGGCACCUUAAAGUCCCAACAUGGUGAGGGAAAGAUUGAAAGGAUUAAUCUUGUAAUCCUUGGAAAAGAUGGACUUGCAAGGGAGCUGGCCAAUGAGAUCAGAGCUUUGUGCACCAGUGAUGACCGGUACAUGCUGGAUGGAAGGGUGUAUGAGCUGGCUCUGAGGCCCAUAGAAGGCAAUGUACGUCUACCAGUUAACUCGUUUCACACCCCCACUUUUACCCCACAUGGUUGCCUGUGCCUCUACAACUCCAAGGAAUCACUGUCCUAUGUCGUUGAAAGUAUCGAAAAACUGAGGGAAUCAACCAUUGGACGAAGGGACAACAGCUUAGCUCAGCUUCCCCUAUCUCUUCUUCUGGUCACCAAACGAGGAGUUGGAUCAGUUGGGGACAUAGGAGGGGAAACUGCCCAAAGUUUAAUAAUCCAAGGGCAACAAGUGGCUAGCAAGCUGCAGUGCAGUUACUUGGACCCUUCCUCCCCCGGUGUGGGAUACGGGCGAAAUGUGAAUGAAAAGCAGAUUAACCAAGUACUAAAAAGCCUCUUGGAUGUACAGCGACCCUCUGGUAGUCUUGGAAGUAGCUCUCCUCCUUUGCAAGCUCCAUCGGCACGUUUCAGAGACUCUCACCAUCAACAGACCUCAGAGGCAGAUUUGCAUAUAGUAAUGUGCCUCAUGUGUGGAGAUUCUUAUGAUGUAGACCAACUUUUAGCACCAUUCUUGCUUCCCAAGCACUGUAGGCCUUCCACCAACCUGUCCAGUGGCACGUCAGUAUUGUUGGAGCUUACUAUUGGUAGCCAAAAGCAAAGCAUUGACCUUGCUAUACUGUCUUACCAUUCCACUUUCUCACUACGCAAAAGUCGGUUAGUGCAUGGGUACAUUGCGGUGUACUCAGCAAAACGCAAGGCUUCGAUGGAAACACUUUGCGCCUUUCUUUGCGAGGUGCAGGACAUAAUUCCUGUACAAUUGCUGGCUGUUGGGCAAAGUCAAGCGGAGUUGGCGGAAUCUGACGUGGCCCGAGAGCAACUGGCUCAAGGUGAAGAAUUGACUCAUGAAAUUGACGGACAUUUUAACUUUAUUGUUUGUGGAUCUGGCGGUGUUGUAGGUGGCUUGCAUCGGAUAGAUUUGUUCCAGCCUUUCUUGAAGGAGGUGGUUGAAAAAAAGACAAUUGUGGAGGCCUCACAUACGUAUGACAUGGCAGAGGCCAGCAGUACCAAUGAGAAUGUCCAUUCUCCUCGUUGUGGGUCACCUAGCACAACCCUGUUAGACUCAGAAGAUGAUGUUGAACCCUCACCACCUUACCAUACCCUUAGAGCAGAUAGUACACUGACUCAUGGUGGGAGCUUAAAGCUUUCUGAUAUGGAGAGCAGUGAUCCCUUCGGUGUCCUCUCUGACAUCAACAGCUUUGAAAACAAGCUUAAUCAUAAAGUCCCACCUCAAGUGCGUCCUAAGCCUACAGUUCCGUUUGACUAUCGCAAAGUGAGUCUCAGCUCCUUCAUGGACCCUGGGGGUAACAGACGCUCAUUACCCUCGGUCACAUGGGCACCAGGCAGCGAUGGUGGUUAUGAUCCCUCCGACUAUGCUGAGCCAAUGGACGCUGUAGCUAAGCCCCACCAGACUGAGGAGGAAAACAUUUAUUCUGUGCCACACGACAGCACACAGGGCAAGAUCAUCACCAUCCGCAAUGCAAAUAAGGGUCAUUCCAAUGGUGGGGGAAACGGAUCAGACAGCGAAGCAGAUAGCAGUUCACUAGAGCGCAGACGCAAGUUGUCUGCACUUGGGGUUAAACCUCGACUGUAUCGGGAUCGCUCAAAACGCUUGGGCAAGUUCAGUAGUUUCCGGACAAGCUUCAUUGGCAGUGAUGAUGAACUGGGAGGUCCACCUAAGACCAAAGAGGAUGAGACAGGGGUGCAGAAAGAUAAUUCUCUGAAUGAGGAAGGCGAGGAUUCGAAGAGAAAAAACAUCUUGAGGAGUUUACGAAGGACAACAAAGAAAACAAGGCCCAAGCCUCGCCAGUCCAUUUCCAAACCCCUGGAGAGUAACUACUUUGGUGUUCCGUUGGUCAAUGUGGUCACCCCUGAGCGUCCUAUUCCACUCUUUAUUGAGAAAUGCAUCCGCUACAUUGAAGCGACUGGUCUGAGCACAGAGGGGAUCUACAGGGUGAGCGGAAAUAAGGCUGAGAUGGAGAGCAUGCAGAGACAGUUUGACCAAGAUCCCAGCCUGGACCUUGUGGAAAAGGACCUCUCUGUGAACACGGUAGCCGGAGCCAUGAAGAGCUUCUUUUCCGAGUUGCCCGACCCCCUGGUGCCCUACAACAUGCAGGUGGAUCUGGUGGAAGCUUUCAAGAUCAAUGAUCGAGAGCAGCGUCUCCACACCAUGAAGGACGUGCUGCGCAGGUUCCCCCGAGAAAACUACGACGUCUUCAAAUACGUCAUCAGCCACCUGAACAAGGUGAGCCAGAACAGCCGUCUGAACCUGAUGACCAGCGAUAACCUCUCCAUCUGCUUCUGGCCUACGCUGAUGCGGCCUGACUUCACCACCAUGGACGCGCUGACGGCCACGCGCACCUACCAGACAAUCAUCGAGACCUUCAUCCACCAGUGUGCUUUCUUCUUCUACAAUCAGCCCCUGGCCGACACGCCCAGCGGACUGCCUGGCCUGCCGGGGUCGCCCACCGCCACCCUGAGCUCCGCCUCCUCCAUCAGCACCUCGGCCUACUCCUCCUGCUACGCCCCGUCCCAGCCCGUGGCCUCGCACUUCAGCACGGCCCAGCAGUCCCCGCCCCAUUCCCCGCCCCCUACCCCGCAGUCGCCUAUCCAGAGUCUGCUCCCGCCUCUGCAUCCGCACCACACACCUACGGAACAACACACGCUGUGAAGCUUGAAGAUAGAGAGAAAGCGAGAGAUGGCACGAUGACAGGGAGGGGGAGAAAUAGAAAGAGGAGAAAAGUGAAGCUUGGAGAAGCUUUGAGAUUGAGUUGCGGAAGUAAAAGCAAGAGAGAUUAACAAAUGGGAGAAAAAGAGAGAUAGAAAGAGUCUUUUUUUUUUUAGUUUUGGAAGAGACAAGACAUAACGAACAAAAAAAUAAAAGAGAUUGAGGAAAUGUGCCUGAUUUCUCAUUGCUGCAGUCAAUAGGGAAUAAUAAAAAGAGAGAGAGAGAAAGAGAAAGAAAGGGUGAGAGAGACAGUGUGGAGCUUAGAUUUAGAAAAAGUGAAGGUCAAGCCACUUCAGCUGUGACCCACUCCAGCAACACUUCAUCUCUCCCUCUUUAUAGAUCACUGCACUCAUCCGUUCUCUUCGCUCUUCUCUUCUGCAUUGCAGUUCAUAAACGUUACACACUAUCCUCCCAUACACACACACAGACACACACACAUUUAUACAUACUUGCAUACAAAUGCAUCCUUUAUUACUGGGCCACUAAAGAAGGGUGGAUGGGCUUAAAGGGGUGUGGCUGUUGCCUCCGGAGCCCAGACUUUAACCCUGACUGUACCUGAACCUGAAGUUGAAGUUGACUCCGAGGAGGACCUACAUGGACUUACAUGGCUUGUAGGCGAUGUGGUGAAACGUGGUGAGAUGUGGUAAGGCUUGUGGACCUACAGACUUGCAAAAAAAAAAAAAAAGAGAGAGAGAGCGAGAGAGAGGGAGAAAAACUGAACUGAACUGCACUGCACUCACCCUACAGUCAAUUAUUCACUCUACCCUCCUCCCUCACGCCGGUCACCACUAGUAGGAAUGAGGUGAAUGAAGUGUGGCGAGAAGCCAUCCUUACAUCCUUAGCGUUCUUCACAUUUUUUCUGUUUUGUAGCUUUUGACCACUAUCGUUGUUGCGUUUUUUUGAACUGGACUAAACAAAACAAAAAAUAAAGACCUAGAACUAGAACUUCUAGUUCUUGAUGAUACGGUGCCUCUCUCGGCCACAUUCCUAUUCCUCCCUCGUUCCCGUUCGCCUCGCCUCGCAGCAACCAUUUAAAAAAGAAAAAAAAAGAAAAAGAGGAACACAAGCAAACAGCCCUCGACAAACUUGACAAACUGGAUCUGGUUUCGUUGGGAGUGGAACAGACGGUGAACUUUUGGUACUUUUUUGCACGGCAUUCUGGGAUUUGAAGUCUUCUCUGUCUAUGUGUCUCGGCUCGUCUCUCUCCCCGUCUCUCUGCCCUCACGAUGAGCCAGAUGCGCCUCCGGGUCGUGACUACAGAAGACGAGUGUUUUUCUGUUUUAUUUUAUUUUCUGGAAAAAAGAGAAGAGAAUGUCCUGAUUUACUGAACCUCCUUUUGCCCCUCCCCUUUCUCUAGACGGAUUAAGUAUGGGUGAACAUGGGAGUCAUUCUGUUUCUUUCUCCUCCUACUUCUUCUUCUUUUUUUAUGUAUGAUUAUGUCUCCAGCCUCUCUCACAGCUCUGCAUAGCUUCAUGUAGCUGUGGUGGCCAGGUUUGAGUGCUUGUUUCCUGUGCUGCAGGGAGGGAGCAUGGAUUAUUUGGGUGGACUCGGACCGAUGAAUGUGCUCCUGCUGAGUGUGAGAACUCUGAGUGUGAGUGUGUGUGUGUGUUUUCAGUGUGUGUAUAUUGGUCAGGGUGGUUUGGUUGUGCUUCACUUUAUGGAUUAUGGAUCUUAGUAAAGUUCCCUUUUUUAUUAGGGAAGAGAUUAUGUAGAUAUAUCACAUGCUGUAAGCUCUCUGGUGAAUUGGAACCCCAGUGUUGAUGUGGGUGGAAUUAAGUCUGAAUUUAGGCUUGAUGUUUAGGCAGCUUGGAAAAUGAGUGUAUCCAGCUGACUGGUUUGACAGGUUGUUUGGAGAUGUUCCAGAACUGUCAUAUUAAAGUGGUUUAAAAUUGUUUUCAGGUUUUAUUUCUUUGCACAGUUUUUGAAGAUGCCAGCUAUCAUUUAUCUUAUGUGAACAUUCCAUGAUAAAUGGACUAGAAUAAGGAAGAAAGGAAGAAAUUACUUUAUAAUAAAUAAAAUCUCAUUAAAAUAAUCCACAAUAAAGAAAAUAUUUUCUUUUUCCUACCUUCUUUUAAAAUGUUGCCAGUUGGUAGCAGAGUCAUUACCCUCAACAUUCAAUUCGGCAAAGAAAAAAAAAAUAGAAUCUUGACAUUGAGACCAAUUUACACCUUGUCACUUAAAAUGAAUGAAGUGUAAACACGCAGAAGAUGCACCUAAUUCUAAAAAAAAGUGUAAACACAUCCCUCUCUCCAAAACACAUUAAACAAUUAAACAAUCUCCCCUCUUAGUACAACUGAAACACCAUUUAGUCUGACUUAAUGCUUUAGUUAACUAAAAUAUUAUCAGAAUACAAUCAGAUACCAGAUUCAAUCACACAAAGGUGUAAACAGCAUCUUCGUCUUCAGGCACUGUUUUUGUUUUCAACGUGUGUAAAAAUAAUUCUUUAGAUCUUUGCACAGAUUGACAUGGCUGGGUUUGUUUUUAUAUGCUAAUAAUUAAUUCUUGUCACUUGAGGGUGGUUGCAUUCACUGCAUAUGCCUCCUCACGCCUCUCACUUUGCUCCAAUAGGCUGCACCCAGAGGCCUGACUGACUUGGUUCAGAUAAAACUUUACCAACAACGCAUAUUUUUGGCUCCUCUCAUUAAACAAUAAACCCUUAAAUUUACUGUAUUAAUUUAUGGAUGCAUUCACAUUAGCCUCUCCUGCCUACUUUCUUUUGAUAGGCUAAACCCAAAGAUCACAGUGGUUUUAAAGGACGAUGGCGAAAAAGUGAAAUGUCUCAAAAAAAUAUUCCAAUGAAUUACAUUACAUAAUGAUACAAGAUGCAAGAAAAUUCACUAAUUUAUCAAAAUUCUAAACUGAAUUAUUCUAAUCUACACUCUCAAAAAUAAUGGUUUAAAAUGGUUUCUUGAGAAAUGCCAUAGAAGAACCACUUUUGUAUGCAUAAAGAACCAUGUUUGAAAUAGAUUUGAUAUUCUUGAUUUAACAAGCCUUCACUUAAUUCAAUUAAAGUUUAUUUACCAAUUCACGUACACACUUCUCACUCUCUAUCAUGAACACAGUUCUUUAUAGACUCAAAAGUGUUUUGUUUUUUUGUUUUUCUUCUGUGGCAUUGCUUCAAGAACCAUUUAAAGCACCUUUGUUUGUCCCAAAACUGGGCCUGAACUGUGUGUAGUACUUUAGAGUCUUUCAGAAAGAUUCCUGAAAUUGAGCAGUGACUGCUUCUCAGUCAGAAGUGGCUUUUUGUUGAUUGUGAGUGGAAAGAGCGAGAGGAACAGGUACAGAUGAGUGUUAGACCUGAAACUAAACCCAUAAACUAAACCUGUAGAACAAUUUAACUUCUCUCAGAACAACUUACUGCCACCUGCUGGACCAAAAAGAAACCACAUUUAUUUUAACAUGCGCCUGCCUUUAAUAUUAUUUCUAUUCAGCUUUGACACAAUGUCUGUUUGGACUCCCUCCCCACCCCUCCCCUCAGAGAAGUGCUGAAUGCACUUUAAUUCACCAGUCCUUUUCACGGAGCUUCACAAAGGAGAGAGGUAUGAGGUGGAACUCAAUAGCCAGCUCUUCAUAACUUCAGCAUAUUGUACUCUGUAAUCUCAGGUUGCAGCUACAAAAGCAGAGACUGGCUGGUAAACGAUUCGUUAUUGUUGCGUCUUCGUGCUGAUUGUUGUGUCUGGGCCGUCUGAGAAAGUCGUGAUGCUGAUGUCCUGAUGAGCUGCGUUUUGAUAUUUAACAGGGAUUUUUACGCUUAUUUUAAGAGUAGAGUGAAUGCUAGGGAGGUGACUGUGUGUUCAGAUUGCAGGCGAAUCGGAUUCGUUUCUUUUUUCAGAUCAGAUCCAACCUUUAUUUGCAAGUGAUUAGAUCAUAUUUGCAUGUCUGGACAUCACAAACGUGAUGUAAACAGUAUGAGUUCCUAUGGUAAUGAGGUUCGUGUCAGUAACUUUUUUAUUUUUUUGGACCGUCGCAAUUGUCACAUUUGUUUUUGUGAGUGAUGCAAAAAAAAAAUGGCACAUUGGGUCCUAAUUUGAGAGUUGAGUACAUCCAGAAUAAUAUCCAAUCUGAUUUUAAUUGCAUUUUCAACCACCUCUUAAUGUGGUUUGGAUCUGAUUUCUAAGAUCCGACUUCGUGUGUUUUCAGUGUGUCCAGACUAUCAAAUAUUAAUCCAGAUACAACCAAGAUACGCCAAUGCGCCCAAAAAAAACCAGAUUUGAACAUAGCCAAUCAGGUCCACCAAUAAGUGAAGCACAACUGAACUGCCCCGCCUUUGCCCCGACCAUCAAACUAGUCAACCUAGCAUCUGAUUAGCUGUUCAGAAUCGUACAGAACCUCCAGAUUUGCCCACAGCAUCUUCCUUUCUCCAUCACACCUCUCACACCACUGAUGUUUCAGUUGGGUUCUUGUCUUUUUUUCUAUUAUAAAAAGGUAUAUUUUGGGGGGGAAAAAACAGGGAGACACUCACACUCGCUCCUGGUACUUCAGCAGCUGAUCGCUGGCUCGCUGCGUUCUCUGUGUGUUUAAAUCAUCAUGUCAAUACUGAUGCUGAUCCUUAGCAGCCAAAGACUGACUUUGUGAACUAAAUAAAAAAAGGGUGUGACAGUGGAGGAAAAGCAACACAUGGGAAUUAAAAUGUGACGUUGUUUCAGCAAUCUUCCGUGGCUGCGUUUACUUUCUCUUCUUUUCUUUUCUUUUUCUUUUGCAACAGUGGUGACAGGUUGUUAAGUUAAAUGAGAAGCAAGCAAACUAUAUUCAAAAAUGGUUGUUUAUUUGUAUGUUAGGGGGUCUAACACGUUGCCCUAUAGUCAAUGGUGAUAGAAAAAAAAACAACUUUUUAUGUUUUAUUUUAAUAAUAAAAAAGACAAAUGUUUUUUAACAAUUUUGUGAAUGGUGUAAAGACCAUAUGAUGUAGUGCAUGAUUCAACAAGCCCAAGUCUGGGAGUCGGGGCCCACCACUCUCCAUAUUUAAUGAAAAAAUACAUUAAAUGAACAAUUAAAAAAAUAAAAUAAAAUGGAAAAAAAAUGAAAUGUAAACCAAGAUGAUACAUCAACAACAACAACAAAAAAAAUCAUGUCAUUAUUUGCUAAGAGUAUGGUCAUUUGUCUCAGUGGGAAUGGUGUACAAACAGUAAGGCCUUACGUGACCUGUAUUAUAGUUAAUAAAUCAAUCUUGUAAUAUG